UUUGAUUCACUUUUCCGCCCAUCAUCAUCUCCAAAUUUUGCUGUUUUUCCACCCUCAUGGCUAUUUUUCCUACUGCCAACACCCCCAUGAACGGACUUUAGUGCACUAAAAACCACAAAAAGCAAUAAUCUGCCUCAAAAAAUGCUCAAGAAGCUGUUUAUCGUGCUCGAUGUCGACGAGCACGGUCAAAUUUUGGACUACAACAUCGACGAAACCCUCACAAAUGCCGUGCACACCAACUUUGAUCUCAGAACAAAUCUCAUUAAGCGCACCAAAUGUCCUCAUUGCACCGGCGACCUUGAAUAUUCGAUGCUGUUACCCAGUUUAGAUGUGAAACCUGACAUCAAAUUAGACGAGGAUGAGAAAUGUUUGUUGGAAGAAGUCGAAGACGCGGAAUUUCAGGAAGAAAUUUACGAAAUUAUCGAGGAAGAAGUGCAAGACGAAGAGCAUUUUCGGAAUGUAACGCUCGAAAAUGAAGAAAAUAUCGCGACAGUCAAUCUGAAAAUUGAACCGGUAGGAGAUUCAAUCAAAAAAAACACAAAACCAAAGAACGUCAGGUCAAAAAUUUGUAAAAAAGAAGUUUUGGAUGAUGAAGAGGAUGAAAAUUUUGAAGAAAAAUCGGGAGUUUUGCCUCCGAAGAAUGUUUGUCCCGAUUGUCCCAAAGCUUUUCGACUUGCCAGCACGCUUCGUGUUCACAUUCAACGCUGCCAUACCCCGAAAUCGUUCUGUUGUCACGUUUGCGGUGCAGCUUUUGCGCGAAAUAAGGAGCUGCAGGAACAUUUAUUGCGUCACGAGAACCCCAAACCGUACGAAUGUGCUCUUUGCUCCGAGCGAUAUGCCGUGAAAAAUAGUUUGCGAGAUCAUAUGCGAGCAGCUCACUUGCGAUCCGCUUCAGAAGGAAUUUUUUGCGAAUUUUGCGACAAUUCCAAGAAAUAUCCGACGGAAGCAAAGUUAUUGGAUCAUCAUGCCCGCGUUCACAGUGGCAACGAUCGAUAUCCGUGCAAAGAGUGUCCGCGCGCCUUUAAAUAUCCCGAAUCGCUCCGAAAUCACCUCACGCGGUAUCACACGCCGCCCGAACUCAUGAAGUGGUUCUCGUGCAACGAAUGCAAUUUUCGCGGCACUUCCGCAAAAGCCCUCGAAAAACACAAACUCGUGCAUCUCGACAACUCGGAGAAACCCUUCAAGUGUUCCUACUGCGACAAAGGCUUCGGACGUCGUUACGAAUGGAAUCGGCACGAGAUGAUUCAUCGCUCGGAGAAGAAUUUCAUCUGCGGCAUUUGCAAACAUAGCGUUCGCACGAAUUAUUUGCUGCAAAAACACAUGCGGGUACAUCAGGAGGGCAGACCAUAUGCUUGCUCGUUGUGCGAUAAAAAAUAUCGGGAUCGAGAUACGUUCAAGAAACACGUGAAAGCGCAUGCAGUGCAGAUGGAGGCACAAGGUGAGACCCUGAAUCUCGAAGAGGCGAUGCAGAAUCUGGCAAAUGUGCAUAAAACGGUGCCGAUUAAGGCGAAAUCGUUCCCCGUGAUGGUAUCGCCGUCGGAGGAAGCUCUGCUAGUGACGGAAGUGCAAGAUGAUAUCGUUAUUGAAACUGCUGGGAAUGUAGUUGUAGCAAAGUUUGCGUAAUUUUAAGUGAAAAUUUUCAUCGAAUCGUAGUGUCUUUCAGGAAUUUUUUGCAAUUAUAAGGUGCUUUAAUUUUUUUUUUAACUUUUUGUCUCAUAAUUUAUUUUUUUAAAUAAAGGUCAAAAUAAAAUUUAAAAUAAA